GACUGAGUGGGAGAGAUGCCAAAUUUCCAAUCCUAUCAGUACUCCGCUUUGUAGUAUAUAUAUAUAAAAUCUUCAUCCAGUCCCAAUCUCAUCCACAUUCAAACUCUUCCUUCCCGUGAUCUGUAACUCUGCUUAUUUAUUAUCUUCUUCUCACGUUUCAUCACUCCUUUUUUCUGGUGAAAACCCAGUUUUUCUUUUCUCCCCUUUUCGCGUGAUUCUAGGUUGGGACAAAAAAAGAAGAAAGCUGUAGAACAGAUCAGUUGGUUGGAUUCUCGUGUACCCAUUUUUUUGGCACUUUUGGUGUUCGUUUAAUUGCCUCACGGGCGUGGAAGAAGAAAUCGUGUAUAAAUCUUGCCAUCGACAGGAACGAUGAGUAGGAAUCUGGAGAAGAUGGCGUCGAUUGAUGCGCAGCUGAGGUUGCUCGCCCCGGCAAAGGUCUCCGAGGAUGACAAGCUCGUGGAGUACGAUGCGCUUUUGCUCGAUCGGUUUCUCGACAUUCUGCAGGAUUUGCACGGAGAAGACAUUCGUGAGACGGUUCAAGAGUGUUACGAGCUCUCCGCAGAGUAUGAAGGGAAGCAUAAUACUCAGAAGUUGGAAGAGCUUGGGAGAGUGAUAACUAGUUUGGAUGCUGGAGAUUCUAUAGUGGUGACCAAAGCCUUUUCCAACAUGCUUAACUUGGCCAAUCUUGCUGAGGAGGUUCAGAUAGCCUACAGGCGGAGGAUAAAGUUGAAAAAACACGACUUGUCUGAUGAGGCUUCUGCAGCUACUGAAUCAGAUAUUGAAGAAACUCUCAGGAGGCUUGUAGGACAACUGAACAAGUCCCCUCAAGAAGUCUUUGAUGCUCUGAAGAACCAGACCGUAGAUCUAGUCCUAACCGCACACCCUACUCAGUCGGUUCGCAGAUCUUUGCUUCAAAAGCAUGGAAGGAUCCGAAAUUGUUUGACACAACUGUAUGCCAAAGAUAUUACUCCUGAUGAUAAGCAUGAGCUUGAUGAGGCUUUGCAGAGAGAGAUACAAGCUGCAUUUCGCACAGAUGAAAUCAGGCGGACUCCUCCAACUCCACAAGAUGAGAUGAGGGCUGGAAUGAGUUACUUUCAUGAGACAAUAUGGAAAGGAGUUCCAAAGUUCUUACGCCGAGUUGACACAGCUUUAAAGAAUAUUGGAAUAAAUGAGCGUGUUCCCUACAAUGCUCCUCUUAUUCAAUUUUCUUCUUGGAUGGGAGGGGAUCGUGACGGCAACCCUAGAGUGACUCCUGAGGUUACAAGGGAUGUAUGCUUGUUGGCAAGAAUGAUGGCUGCUAAUUUGUACUUUUCUCAAAUUGAGGAUCUUAUGUUUGAGCUUUCCAUGUGGCGCUGCAGUGAAGAGUUGCGUGCUCGUGCAGAUGAAUUGCACAGGACCUCAAAAAGAGACGUCAAACAUUAUAUUGAGUUUUGGAAGCAAAUUCCACCAAAUGAGCCUUAUCGAGUUAUUCUUGCUGAUGUUAGAGACAAGUUGUAUGGUACUCGAGAGCGUGCUCGUCAGUUACUGGCAAAUGGGAUCUCUGAUAUUCCUGAAGAGACUGCCUUCACUAGUGUUGAACAGUUUCUGGAGCCUCUUGAGUUGUGCUAUAGAUCACUAUGUGCUUGUGGUGACCGCGCUAUUGCUGAUGGAAGCCUUCUUGAUUUCCUGAGGCAAGUUUCCACCUUUGGUCUGUCACUCGUGAGACUUGAUAUCCGUCAAGAAUCUGACAGACACACAGAUGUUCUAGAUGCCAUCACAAUGCACCUAGGGAUAGGGUCCUACAAAGAGUGGACUGAAGAACGUAGGCAGGAGUGGCUUUUAUCCGAACUCAGUGGGAAGCGCCCUCUUUUUGGUCCCGACCUUCCUAAAACCGAAGAAAUUGCUGACGUGUUGGACACCUUUAAUGUUCUUUCUGAGCUCCCGCCUGACAAUUUUGGCGCCUAUAUCAUCUCAAUGGCAACGGCUCCAUCUGAUGUGCUUGCGGUAGAACUACUACAACGUGAGUGCCAUGUCAAGACUCCACUUAGAGUGGUCCCACUUUUCGAAAAACUUGCUGAUCUGGAGGCAGCACCCGCAGCUGUGGCCCGUUUGUUCUCCAUAGACUGGUACGUGAACCGGAUCAAUGGCAAGCAAGAAGUUAUGAUUGGGUAUUCGGAUUCGGGCAAGGAUGCAGGUCGGCUCUCUGCGGCAUGGCAGCUGUACAAGACUCAAGAGGAGCUUGUGAAGGUGGCAAAAGAAUUUGGGGUUAAACUCACCAUGUUCCAUGGAAGAGGAGGCACCGUUGGAAGGGGAGGUGGUCCCACUCAUCUUGCUAUUCUUUCACAGCCACCAGAUACAAUACAUGGCUCACUACGUGUGACGGUUCAAGGUGAAGUCAUUGAACAGUCCUUUGGGGAAGAGCACUUGUGUUUCAGAACACUUCAGAGGUUCACUGCGGCAACACUUGAGCAUGGAAUGCAUCCCCCUGUUGCCCCUAAGCCAGAAUGGCGUGCUCUUCUUGAUGAGAUGUCUGUCAUUGCCACUAAAGAGUAUCGUUCUGUUGUUUUCCAGGAUCCACGCUUUGUUGAAUACUUCCGCCUUGCAACACCAGAAUUAGAAUAUGGGCGUAUGAACAUUGGGAGUCGACCUGCGAAAAGGAAACCUAGUGGUGGGAUUGAAUCUCUACGAGCAAUUCCAUGGAUCUUUGCUUGGACACAGACAAGGUUUCAUCUACCAGUUUGGCUUGGCUUUGGGGAUGCUUUUAAGCAUGUUAUCGAGAAGGAUAUCAGAAAUCUCCAAAUGCUUAGAGACAUGUACAGGGAAUGGCCUUUCUUUAGGGUCACACUUGACUUGGUUGAAAUGGUCUUUGCAAAGGGUGACCCGGGUAUUGCUGCUUUGUAUGAUAAGCUUUUGGUUUCCAAAGAUCUGUGGCCACUUGGAGAACAGUUAAGGGCCAAGUAUGAACUAACCAAAAGCUUCCUCCUUCAGGUUGCUGGGCACAAGGAUCUUCUUGAAGGGGACCCCUACCUGAGGCAGCGGCUCAAACUCCGUGAUUCUUACAUCACAACUCUCAAUGCUUGUCAAGCUUAUACACUGAAGCGGAUCCGGGACCCGAGCUACAAUGUGACUGUGAGACCCCAUCUGUCCAAGGAGAUAACGGAAGCGAGCAAACCAGCUGCUGAGCUGGUGAUGCUCAACCCCACAAGUGACUAUGCCCCUGGUUUGGAGGACACUCUCAUCUUGACCAUGAAAGGUAUUGCCGCUGGAAUGCAAAACACUGGCUAAGCGUUUUCGAGUCUCUGGUGUUUCUCUUUUUGUACAAUGCCUCCUUUAUAUGUUUAAAUAAGUUGUGAGGAAACAUUCAGGAGAAGACUUAAUACUUGUACUAUUAUUAUUUAUCAAAUAAUCUGUCUUAAUCAUUUUCCAGAAAAAAUAUGGAGACAAUCUUUCUGUUAUCUUUGAGAUCCUUCACUGGUUAUCACCCUCUCAUGCUAGAGGAACCAGGGAUGAUUUUUAUUUUGGAAUUUAAUCUCAAUGUGAAUUUUGCUAAAAUUAUGUUGUACACCCAGUGGUGUUUUUGUCAUUUU